AGGUUUAAGAGGAGUUGCAGCGCUCAAAGCAAGAGCUAUGGGCAAUGCCUACUUUCCAAGAAGCCAAAAUUUGCUUCAAGUAAAAGCCGAGCUAUCAGUUGUCACUCCUUCUGGAAGCAGAACAUACGGGUGGGCCUGCAUAUAUUCAAAGCAUAGUCAGCUCAUGCUUAGCCUCCAAAAGAAGCAUCUGGGAUUCUUAGCCACAAGAAAGGAAUACAAGAUUUUGCACGUGAUGGAGGGAACCCAGGAAGCUCAGGGUCAGGGCAACCUUUCAAUCAGCCUAAGGAGCAACAAUGGAAAUAUCAAGCUCUUGUUUAAAGAUGAAACUGAGUCUUUAGUUUGGACGUCAAGCAUCUCUAGUCUCUUACAGAUGCACAAUUGAUGUCAUGUAAACCUAACCUA